AUGUCUUCAGAAGAACCAUGGAGCCGAUUGUUAUGGAUAAAACAGAAAUAUCCUGAUAAUUAUACUGAUCCAGAUUUUAUACGAUUUAUGGAAAAAAUGAAACAGAAAAGGGAAGGUCCACCAAUAAUAGAUUAUGAUUUUGAUCAAAUUCGAAAAGAUUCACUUAAAUUCUACAAUAUUUUUUUAAAUUCCUCAUUUAUCUACAUCGUCUUUACACUAAUUUAUUACUAUAAAACAGAUGCAAGAUAUUUAGCUGGUUCAAUUACUUUAAUCACAAUGCUAGUUUCGACACACAAAAAUAAAGAACUGACAAGCUUAUUAAAUAUAAAAUCAUCUUUUAUUAUAAUUUUUACGUUGCUUACAUUAUCACCAGUAUUAAGAUCAUUAUCCAUGACGACAGCAUCCGAUUCUAUCUGGACUGUAUCAUUCUGGAUCAACAUUUUAUAUAUCUUAACUUGCGCUACAUCAUCAUUAUCUCCAUCACCACAUAAGGAAGAUAUCAUAAAGCAUGAGGCCUCAAUUUUUUAUGACAUUAAAGAUCAUUCAAAUAAUAAACCUUCAAAUUUAGCUACAAAUCUAUUAUUGGCAAAUGUAGCAAUGCUAGCAUCAAGAUUAAAUACCACUACAGAUGUCUUCUGCUUUCUUUUAAUAGCUAUUCAAGUCAAUAUAAUAUUACCAAGAAUCAUUAAUAUAUCACACGUGAAAGUAGCUUCAACUUCUAGCAUGAUCGUGUACCUAUUUGUUGGGAUCACAAUUGGUUAUCGUAUAACAUUAAUCUUUCUUAUAUCAUCUGUGUCGUACAUUAUCUUUAUGCCCAAAUUGUUUCACUAUUGGCAAGUCCAUUAUAGAAGACGUGACUACGAAAUACUUGACCUAUGGGAUCCAAGAACUCCUGUAGUAGAUGUAGAAUAA